AUGGCGUCAAAGGGCGGUUUGAAAAAGAUCGCCAAUGAGGAGAAUGAGGAGAGAUUCGGCUAUGUGUUUGCCGUAUCAGGCCCUGUCGUCACGGCCGAAAAAAUGUCCGGUUCUGCUAUGUACGAGCUGGUACGUGUCGGCUACAAUGAGCUGGUGGGCGAGAUCAUUCGUCUCGAAGGCGAUUUGGCCACCAUUCAGGUAUAUGAAGAAACAUCGGGUGUGACUGUUGGCGAUCCCGUACUGCGUACAGGCAAACCCUUGUCCGUGGAACUUGGACCUGGUAUCCUCGGCUCCAUUUUCGAUGGUAUCCAACGACCGCUGAAGGACAUCAACGAGCUGACCCAGUCCAUCUACAUCCCGAAGGGAGUCAACGUGCCCAGUUUGGCACGCGAGGUCGAUUGGGAGUUCAACCCCCUCACAGUUAAGGUGGGCUCGCACAUCACCGGAGGUGAUUUGUACGGUAUUGUCCACGAGAAUACCCUGGUUAAGCACAGAAUGUUGAUGCCGCCCAAAGCCAAGGGUACAGUCACUUACAUCGCGCCAGCUGGAAACUACAAAGUCACCGAUGUGGUUCUGGAGACUGAGUUCGAUGGCGAGAAGGCGCAGUACACCAUGUUGCAGGUGUGGCCCGUGCGUCAGCCACGUCCCGUUACAGAGAAACUGCCCGCCAACCACCCACUUCUCACUGGACAGCGAGUGCUCGACUCUCUGUUCCCCUGUGUCCAGGGUGGUACCACGGCCAUCCCUGGUGCCUUCGGUUGUGGCAAGACUGUCAUUUCGCAGGCGCUCUCCAAGUAUUCCAACUCUGACGUCAUCAUCUACGUCGGUUGCGGUGAGCGUGGUAACGAGAUGUCUGAGGUACUGCGUGACUUCCCCGAGCUGACGGUGGAGAUCGAUGGUGUGACAGAGUCCAUCAUGAAGCGUACCGCCUUGGUAGCCAACACAUCCAACAUGCCUGUAGCCGCCCGUGAGGCUUCCAUUUACACCGGCAUCACCCUGUCCGAGUACUUCAGAGACAUGGGCUACAACGUGUCCAUGAUGGCCGACUCCACAUCCCGUUGGGCCGAGGCGCUGCGAGAGAUAUCCGGGCGUCUGGCCGAGAUGCCGGCCGACUCGGGCUACCCCGCCUACCUGGGCGCGCGGCUGGCCUCCUUCUACGAGCGCGCCGGCAGGGUCAAGUGCCUCGGCAACCCCGACCGCGAGGGCUCUGUUUCCAUCGUGGGUGCCGUAUCGCCCCCCGGUGGUGACUUCUCUGACCCUGUCACUUCCGCCACCCUGGGUAUUGUGCAGGUGUUCUGGGGUUUGGACAAGAAACUCGCCCAGAGGAAGCACUUCCCCUCCAUCAACUGGCUCAUCUCCUACAGCAAGUACAUGCGCGCUCUGGAUGACUUCUAUGAGAAGAACUACCCAGAAUUCGUGCCCCUCAGGACUAAGGUAAAGGAGAUCCUCCAAGAGGAAGAGGAUCUGACUGAAAUUGUGCAGCUGGUCGGUAAAGCCUCCUUGGCCGAGACAGACAAAAUCACCCUUGAGGUCGCCAAGCUGCUCAAAGAUGACUUCUUGCAACAGAACAGCUACUCGUCGUACGACCGUUUCUGCCCGUUCUACAAGACGGUGGGCAUGCUGAAGAACAUGAUCACGUUCUACGACAUGUCCCGGCACGCGGUGGAGUCCACGGCGCAGUCGGACAACAAGGUCACGUGGAACGUGAUCAGGGACGCCAUGGGCAACGUGCUAUACCAGCUCUCCUCCAUGAAGUUCAAGGACCCCGUGAAGGAUGGCGAAGCGAAGAUCAAGGCGGACUUUGAGCAACUGCUGGAAGAUAUGUCAGCCGCCUUCCGCAACCUGGAGGAC